AUGCAUAGAUGGCAAAAAAUGACCAAUGAGAAUACUAAGCAUUAUCAAAAACGAGAUGAUAUUCAAGCUUUACGGGGUAUUGCAAUUUUAUAUAUAUUGGUAUUUCAUAUAGAUAAACGAUUUUGUCCAAAUGGCUUCGUUGGUGUUGACAUAUUUUUUGUUAUAUCUGGAUAUCUUAUUACAAUGAUACUGAAUCGAAAUAAUCCUUUAACAUUGAAUGAUAUUACGGGAUUUUUUUUGAGAAGAAUCAAGCGAAUAUUUCCAGCCUAUUAUGUGACAUUAGUUCUCAUACUUAUUUGUGGAUGCAUAUGGCUGACCAUAUUUGAUUUGCAAGGAAUAUUUAGAAGUUGGUAUUGGGCUUCAGUAUUUGCCACCAAUAUCUUUAAAAUGAUCGAGGAACAAGAUUAUUUUGCUCAACUACAGAGCUUUGACUUUCUAUUGCACCUCUGGUCACUGGCAGUGGAAAUACAGUUUUAUGCUCUUGCGCCAAUUUUAAUGGUAUUUCGUCAAAGAAUUGGUCGCAUAAUAUUUGUACCAAUAAUUUGCUUAUCGUUAUGGUCACAUAUUGCUAAUACUGGCUCUAAAUCAUUUUCCUUCAUUCUGAGUCGGCUUUGGCAAUUUUUUAUCGGCAAUGGUAUUUUCACUGGAUUGAUCACAAUCAUUAGCUUGUGGAUUAUAUCACCAUUGACUCUAUAUAUUCCUAUCGAUGAAAAACUAUAUCGAAUAAUUGCUUCCAUAGCCGCCGGAUGGAUUAUCGCUGGGCAAUCGCGUUGGUUAACUGAGUCAAUACUUUGCCAUCGCCCCCUGCUUAUUAUUGGUGACAUCUCAUACUCACUUUAUUUAUGUCAUUGGCCUUGCAUUUUGUUUAUAAAAUAUGAAAGAAGUCAUGCUGAGUUGAAUUUACACGCUAUUCUUUCCGAACGUAAAAUUGGAGCAAAAUUGGAUGAAAGUUGA